AUGACGCCCACCCCAUCAACUGGGCAGAAAAGUGGUAAACCUGAGCGUACGAGAUCGAGACGUGGAUGCAAAACUUGCAAAAUUCGUAAAGUCAAGUGUGGAGAAGAGAAACCCCAUUGUCUACGAUGUACCUCUACAGGUCGCAAAUGUGAAUAUGAAGAAAGCGCGCUGUCUAUUCUCGAAAACCCACUUGCACUAUUACCAAACACAGUAUGGCGAGAGCGUCGCGCAUUUGCCUAUUAUUUCCAUCAAGCUGCACCCUUUAUUGGUGGUGGGCUAGAUAUUGGUUUCUGGAGCACUAUUGUCCCGCAGAUUUGCCGGAGUGAACCCGCUGUGUGGGAUGCCAUCAUAUCUAUUGGCGCGCUGUUUGAGAGUCCUGAACCAUAUCCAAAUCCCGCUUCCAUUCGUGGGGUUACUUUUCAAGCUCUCAAUCAAAAUCACCGAGACGCAUUGUCUUGGUAUUCACGCUCUGUCUCCUCGAUGCGUCGGCGGAUCGAGGAUGGUCGUAUAGAUACCUUUGUUGGAUUGAUCACUUGUAUUUUGUUCAUCUGCAUUGAAGCCAUUCAAGGGGCAACCGAAGAAGCCUUUUAUCUCUAUAUGCAGGGCGUGCAACUCGCUCUUACUUUACGUGCCCAGAUUUCCUGCGGAGCCCUACCUGCUCAGGCUUCUUUGUUGGAGGAAACAAUCAUCCCCAUCUUCGUUCGGUUGGGAACAAUAGCUCCCCCUAUCUCUGGUAUUCCAACGAAUACUUUCCAAACUGAUGCAGGAAACCCAUCGGUAGAAUCGCUGUUCAUUUCCCCUAAAUCGCCUCAAGAGGCGCUCAAGUCUGCUCGAGAAGCCAUCGUUAUCUUGUCUACAGAAAUACAAGUCGUACAACGGGCUUGCGAUGAAUAUCUACAAAAGGCAGGCUCCUUCAAUCUAUCCACAUAUAGGGUACCACGGGAAUUGGAAGACCAGCAAACCAUUCUCUCAGCUAGACUCAGACGUUGGUACAUUGAAUUUACGCACUUGAUGGAAUCACUGAAUGACAGACAAAAAGUCUUACCACCACAACAGACAGGUACAUGUGCUCUUCUUUUGAAUUACUACGAUAUGCUUCUCAUAAUCAUCACAACUUGCUCAUCGCCAUCGCUGAGUAUUACUGAUACUUAUGAAACAACCUUCCAAAGUAUAAUCGAUCGGAGUAGCGUUGUUCUCAAUGCUUCUCUGCGAUUGGAUGGCACACAACCACCAUUCACAUUCGAACUGAGCGUUGGUCUUCCGCUCUGGUUCGUGUGCCUGAGAUGUCGCGAACCCAGUAUACGACGUCAGGCUAUAGCUCUUUUGCGCCAAUCGACCCCAGUGCAGGGGCUCUCAACCUCCGUCUCUGCGGCAACUUUUGGUGAAAGAAUGAUGAUGUUAGAAGAAAAGUUCGGAAUGACAAUGAACAUGGAUCAGGGAGUUGUCAAUGCUACAGCUCCAAUAUGCGACGCUCCAGAUUCACCUCAGCGAUCUCCAUCCCGUAGCCCAGGACAAAGCAGCAGUUGUUCUGGAUACGAUCUGAGCGUUUUUGCAGACCCAGAGUCCGAACAUGUUCCGACUAUCUGUCCUAUCCCUGAAAAUCCAAACAGGGUACCAUCGACAGUAUUUAUCCCAGAAGAAGCGCGUAUCGGACCAAUUUGUAUGUUCCGGCCACGAGACGGACUUCCAAUCGGAACGAACGAGGAAGACAUUGCAAGGUAUAAUGGCCGGCAUGAGGUAUUCUUGCGCUUCACUAUGAACCGGCGCCUGGCUGCGGACACUUGGCAAAUCGUCCAUGAAUAUGUUCCAACAGUAGUACCAUAG